AUGAUGUUCAAACCGCCGGCUGCCGAGGUGGAGGCGGCGGGCGGCGGGGGCGGCGCAAGCGGCAACGGGAGAGACUUCGCAGCGGACUCGCGACGGUUCUGCCGCAAGUGCAACGCGUACAAGCCCGUGCGCGCGCACCACUGCUCGAUCUGCCGCCGAUGCGUCGUCAAGAUGGACCACCAUUGCCCGUGGGUAAAUAACUGCGUCGGCAUCGGCAACCACAAGUUUUUCAUCCAGUUCAUUUCGUACGUGUUUGUCAUCUCCGUGUACGCCCUGCUUCUGGCGGGGUGGCGGUUCUGCGCGUGCCUCAAGAACAUCGGCGCUUGCCACUACUCCCCGGCGAAGGACAUGGCGGUGGUGUUUCUUGUGGUGGAGGUAGAUGGACAUGACUAUCUUCUUGUCCUGGCGGAGUCGGCCCCGAGGGUCUUCCAUAUGGAAGCGAUGCUGUUCGGGCUGUUCACCAUGUGCAUGGUGUGCGACCAGUGGGAAGUCGUGUCCACCAAUCAGACGCAGAUCGACCGCCUCAAGGGAGAAACGCACUCGCAGCCGGCUCUAGAGAUCAACGAGCUAUUCGGGGGCUCGUCGCGAAACGGUGGGCGGUUUCGCCUCGACUUCUUCCUUCCGACAAGAGUCUCCUUUCCGGCGGACAUCUGGGAGGAGGUCAUGGGCUACCGCUGCCAGGACGCGUGCGGGCUGGCGGCGGCGGCGGUGGCUAAGGUGUCCGGGGGAGCUCUGGGGGGGGCGGCGGCGGGGGGGCGGCGGGGGGGAGGGUCUGGGUCGGACGAUGAUGACUUGGACUCGAACGGCGACGUCGAGAUGGGCGAGUUCUAUUCAGGCGCGGACACUCAGCGGCUUUUGUCGAGGGGUAGGGGCGGGAGCGGUAGCGGGGUGGGGGGGAACGCGGAUAGCCGGAGUCUCGGCAGCAGCCCUCUCCGCGGGCAUGACAGCUCGUCCGGCUUGCUGCUCCCAGGAGCUGCUGUUAGCAGCAAUGGGGGAGGGUUGGGGGGCGGUCACGGCACUCCAUGACAUGGAGGGGGGAGGGGGGGGAGACUCUUCGACUGCUUUCAGUAGCGUAAUGAAGGUACUGGUCGUAACGAACAAGUUCGUGUUAUUGUUUUUUUUUUUUCUCGAUUUCUUGUGCGGAAGGGAGGGAGAAUGGGGCGGGGUUGGUUACUCUACAGCAGUUGAUUGUGGUUCACGAGCACCUCGUGAUGUGCCUUGUUCGUCCAAGCCACCAUUUUCGCAGGCGGGGGCUGCUACAGUAGUGCCCACCUGACCUUAUCUGCUGGCCCGCAGGAUGUCGCGCUUGAACGGUGUACGCUCCCCGAUGACGUAGUCACAGCUAGUAGUGUAAUUUUGUUCUCAUUUUGGUGUGUGUGGGUGUGGGGAUGGAUUUGCUGUGGUGUGGUCCGUUAUUUUUCUGGCAGCUUUGACCGACGGAUCUGUGUAAAUUUUACGUCGUAGUUGGCGAAGAGAACAACAAACUCGAAAGAGGUUUCUCGUUUUCGGUCUACAGUCUAUAUUUGAGAAGUUUUCCUCCGAUCCCCCCUUCCUUGUUCAUGAUUUUCGAUUUAAUGCUUUUGCCUUUUCCGGGAACCAUGUUUUCAUACAAGAUGGCGCGUGCAUUAUCCAGAAAGAUGCAAGGCUGCGUCGGUUGCUGGAGCUUUGCAUCAGGCUCCGAAGGCUUCACUUUGUUUUGGGAUAUGUCGGGGUUUAAAGAAAAGGGGUCCCACCUCCUCUACCCAACGUCUGGCUGUGGAAGGACGAAUGAAUCCCUCUCUUUCCACGCGAUGGGAGAGCUGCCUGGUGUUGGUGGAAGAGGACCCGGGGUGACUUUCCGCCACAUGUCCCAAAAAAUGGGAAAGGAUACGGUGGGGGACGGGGGACAGACAACAUAUUAGAUAGAUGCGUUCGAACUCGUGGACCCACCAGUUCGAUAUCGUCGUGUGACCACUACACAAUAAUCACGCGCAGGAGAUUGUGAAGGGAGUGAAACGUGUCGCCGCCAAUCGGCCAGGUUCCGGUUACCCCUUAAGUAGAGCGUUCUUCUUGCCUACGUGGAAAAUACGCAAAGAGGGAGACCGAUUUGCAGGAUGGUCCUGCAACGAAAAGCUGCAAGAUGGAAAACGCCUCCAGAACUUACCCCCCACAAACCCAGAACCUGGCAGCGAACCAAGGCAGCAGUGGCCACUCAUACGCCACACUUGGUGAAGUACUUCGGGAACAUCUACGCUCGAACCAAGGCGAAACUUCUGUUCAAAAUGGAAGAUGGUUCGAUCCAGGUUGUUCUUUCACAGGGCGGAGUUCAACAAGGCUGCAAAUUGGGAGGGUUCGGCUUCUGUGUAGGACUCCUUGAUGUCAUGAAAUAGUUCAACAACAAGCCACCAGUGCCAGGAGUCAAACUCAUCGGAUACGUCGACAACCUCCAAGCACAUCUUCCACCAGGUUUGGCUAGGAACAUGCAGGUCAUAUCCACUGCUGUAACGAAUUGGAUUCAGGAACGUCUUUCCCAAAAAGGGAUUGAGCUCAGUCUCCCGAAAUCCAAAGUGCUUUUCCCGGAAGGUCUUUGCAUGUCCUCUUUGACAAACGACGAACAGCAACAAUUGACGAAAAUUGGUCUGUCAGUUGCUGAAGGUGGCAUGCCAGUUGUCGGGAUCCCAGUAGGAACAGAGGAGUUCCAGAGGAAUUUCGUUUCCAAAAUCGCCCGUGGUGACCCGGCGGAAUUGAUACUCCGCCUAGCAACGCUUGACGACCCUCAAGCCAGCUAUCAACUGCUGCGUUUAUCUGGUGUGCCACGUUUGUUCCAUCUGCUGAGGACGAUUGCACCGUCUAUCACCAACUCUGCCGCAAAAAUACAUGACAACAUGAUGAUGUGGGCAAUGAGUAAGAUCGUCCUUGGCAAGAUGGCCGACAGCAUGAGAAUACCAACGGUCAAAGAGGUACGCGCAGACCCGACGAAGAGCGAGGAGGUAGAUUUCUUCAAAGGGACAGCUCGGGCGCAGGUGCACCUACCCAUGCGAGAAGGAGGACUAGGAAUCACGAGCAAUGUUCUCAUUCGAGAAUCGGCUUUUGUGGCAGGGCAAGCGCUGGUGUUCUCCAAGUCAGUGCAAGCAUCGACAGGAUACACAGUUGAGCAAUGUCUACCCCGGCUUGCCCAGCUACCGACAGGAUUGGCUCUGAUUGACUCGCUGAAGAAGCUAGAGGAAAUCAUCACCAAAGAGAAGCUUGAAAAAGCUGUUGGGCAGUCAUGGGCUAAACUUGCCACAAGUGAUGAGUUAACCCCCGCCCUCAAAGGAGUUUACUUGUUGGAAGCAGGGAAGGCGGGAAAACCCCGUGAAGAUGGAAACCCUGACGUAGAACAUCAACCACCGUCUACCUUCAGCCGAAAUGAAUUUGGUCAACACUACCAAGUCUUUGGAGCCCAAGCUCUCCUUUCGAAACCUCUUCAUGCAGCAGUGCGCCACAUGGUGGAGACAGACUUGCAGAAAGUAGUAGGCGAGGAAACGCCAAAGAAGAGGGCGUUGAUCCGCUUGGAGGAAGCGAAAGGCAAGGGAGUUUUGUCGUGGUUGACAACGCAAGGGUUGUCAGCAGAUGAAAGAAUGCUGCCUGAUCUAUAUCGAGAGUCAAUCGGUCGUGUACUGGGGAGUCACGAUCGAGCAGACUGCAACACAGGCAAACUUUGUGGUGCAGGUGCAUUGUUACCAUGCAAGGACCGCUUGAGCCGAGCCCACUCCCUCGUCUGCACCAAGACCGGCGCCUCAACCUUCCUCCAUAACAGGAUGGUUCGAGUGGUCCUCAAGACACUGCGCGAGUGCCAUAUGCCCAUCGCCGUUGAGGAUUCUUCCCCUUUUACCACAGGCACUGGUAGGGGAAAGGGGCUAUACAAGAUGGAUUUGGUAAUCCCCCCAGGAUUACACGCAGGAGAGAAGGAAGAGGACCUCUGCACCAAGUCCAUUCUGAUCGACGUAACAAUCGUCAACCCAUCAGCAGGUCGAAGCAUCGACAAGUCGAUCCUUAAGCCAGGAUCAGCCCUCGAAGAUCGAGCUGCAAGUAAGGCAAAUCACUAUGCGGGAACUUUCAACCCGUCUAGAUCUACCCUCCUUACUGCUGCUUUUUCAACGAAUGGUGGUCUUGGCAAAGGCACCAAUCGACUCAUCGUUGCUAUCGCCAACCACUUGGCGCACGAAGCUUUUUGCCGGGGGAAUUUUGAAGACGAAAGAGCCUUAGUUCGCCUGAAAACGUUUCAUACUAA